AUGAGGAUGUUUAGCGCCUCUUUAUUAAGACGAUUCCGACUGGAUGGUAUAGAGCAAGCGUCAAAUCCUGUCGAAACCGAAUUUUUACUGCCAUACAGGGCAUCUGCCUUCCAAUUUCACAAGUAUAAACUUCUUAUGGAUCUGUUUCUGCCAAGCCAGAAUCUUUUAGAAAUGGUUGAAGAUCUCGCACUAGUGGAGAGAUGUUUAAUACAUAAACUGCUCAGUUCGACGGUUCAACCUUGGGAGAGAGGUGAUGAGAACCUUACAUGUCCUGUGUCUACAGAACAACGGCAGAAUAUGCUAACGAAUAGCUCUAGCAGAAUUUACAGCAGAUGCCCAAUAGAGGAGGGAGUAGUCCAAACGGACUGGGGACCAAUUGCGCCGGGAACGGUUGUGGCCGCGAUAGCAUCCGCGUUGGAAUCGCAACGAGUGUCAAUCGCCGAAAUAUUUAGUGCCAAAGUUUUUAAAUCCGAAGUAUCGCAGCCUUUGAUCGAACAAGCCAUGGAAGACUGGAAACGAAAAUUUCCAGAAAUAAAUACCGUUGGCAGCAGUACGAAUGUAGAAAGGUUAACAUCAUUAGGCGAUGACCAGGACAUCAGCAACGUACUAGUAGCGACUCUCGUCGGGGACUUGGCAGAGGUAGUAGUGAAUCAAGGACCUCGAGUUGGUGCAUCAUCGCAACGUAUGAUGAUAGGCAGCAACAAUAGAUGGAACGACACUCUUUUACCGCGCCAAUUUUACCUCUUGCCACAGAAUAGCAAUAUUAUAGAUUGGCAUUUUACGGACGCCGAAAUUUUAGCGGGAAUUGAUGGGUUAAUACUUGCCAGCUACAUGUCCUCGUGGAUAGAACAGCGCAGAUCAUUGAGAUCAUCUCAGGUCAUUGAAAUGUACUAUUCCAACGAAGGUGUAUCCUUCGACCCCACUGUGCGCGCAUGCAAUAGACUCGCUUUAUACACUAACGUUGUCAACAGAUCCGUAUUAGCUACAGAGACCUUGCGAUUCGCACAUAUAUUGUCACUGACACAAAUCACUGUGUACAUACCGUUAGAAGAAAUGCAGCGGAUGACCCAUGCUGCGGUCGACGCUUUCAUGGAGUACGUUCCAUCCGUGCUAAGAAGAUAUCACCGCGGGUGCCAAUUAAGUUAUAACGUUCCUGAAAUGGAUUUAAUUGUGGUCACGGACAGUGCUUGGAAGCGUUAUGAUGUGGAGCAGUUCAUGUCAUGGAUCGGUGGUGCGCUGGAAAUGGACGCACAAGGAAGCACGGUGGCCCUUUUACAUGGCAACACUGGCCAAUGGAUCGCGCCGGCUUCCAACAACGUAACAGCGCUUUUCUCCCACAUCGCCAAUUUCACAGACGGGUGGCCAAAUCGCCUCAAUCUGCCAAAUGUGAUAUCGAGGCUGAACCAGCAUUUGCGAAAUCAAACAUUGCAGGAAAUUUCUGACAGGGCUACCGCUGCACGGAAUACCGUUGUUUUGAUCAUUAGCCCUAGCGAUCAGCCUUCAGGCAAUGAGGUGGAACGAUCUAGGGAAUUCAUGCACUCACUUCGAUCCACUUACUUUGACGCGUAUUUUGUAUACGCUGCUCAAGAUUUGACAAACUAUAAGAAUAUAAACAAUGAAUAUCUCGAUUAUUCAGAGAUAUUUAUUACGCUACCUUCAACAUGCGUAAAAGACGUGACUACAGCGAUCGAUAACUUUCUAAUAAAAAAUGAAAUACCGAAGAAAAUUGUUGGAGCUCAGUGUCCAUUUAACGGAACACUGUAUGAUCAAAUUCCAUACGAAGAUGCGGUAUUACCUGGACGGCUGCAAAAUUAUCGCGUCCACCCAUUUUACAUGAGACAGCAACCGCGUAUUCAUGUACAGUUUCGCAAUGACGAUCACGGUAAAAUAUUGGUAUGCAUGCGGCGCGGUGCUGCAGCAUCACACGGAUGUCAAACAAUCAAUGAACGAGAUGUUUUCACCUUCAAUCUUACGGCACCAUGCCCUUCUCCAGACUUCUGCCCACCGGCACAUUUUGUAGUGACUACCGUUUCUACAUUGAACUCUUGUGCGCAUACGGAAUGCAGGCGACCAAAUCAAGUGGGCUACUAUUUUCGACAUUCAGAUCAGACCGGCAUCGACUGCCGAAACUUAAUCGCGAUAAGGAGCAGCCACGAUUUAGCACUAGCG